CCACCGCGAGGAGGAGGAAGAGGAAGAAGGAGACGAAGACGAGCGACCUCGGGAUGUUGUAGAAGAAACCCCCUUUUAUUGGAGCACUGCGAUCCGGUCCUGUUUUUCCCCAUGAGUGCUGCCAGCCUUCUCAGGUCUUUCAGUCCGUCCGCGAUGCCCGGCUCGGUCAUGCCCGUGGACGUGGCCGUGCGCUUCUACAUCAGCCACUCUCCUCCUCCUCUCAGGGGCUUCCUGAGCUCCUGCGAGGCGCCUCCGCACCGCACCCGGAGCCGGGUCCAGAGGGACCGGGCGGCCGCCGUGCUCAGGCCCUGCCUGAGCAGCCAGCAGGGAGCGGCGGACGACGAGGGUUGGAGCGGGAAAGGCGAGAAGAAGAAGGUGGUGUUUGCCGACUCCAAGGGAAUGUCACUCACCGCCGUCCACGUCUUCUCCAAGAAUGAGGAGGAACGCGGCGGCGCCGGCGAGGAGCUCCAGUUCGACAUGAGCGACCUGGAGAACGCCGCCGCGGACCUGAAGAUCAGCUGGGCGCGCAGUCUGGCGCUGGACUUUGAGCAGCCUUCGGCCGACUACCUGGACUUCCGGAACCGCCUGAUCCGGAACUCGGUCUGCUUGGAGAACUGCUCGCUGCAGGAGCGCUCGCUCACCGGCACAGUCAAGGUCCGCAACGUGGGUUUCGAAAAGUCCGUGUCGGUGCGGGCUACCUUCGACUCGUGGGCCAGCUUCCUGGACGUGGACUGCACCUUCAUGAACAACGUGUACGGCGGCCACGACACCGACACCUUCGUUUUCGUUCUGGACCUACCCGCUGACAUCCCACCGCAAAACGGAGUGGAAUUCUGCGUGCGAUUCCAAGUCCGGGACCGGACCUUCUGGGACAACAACGACGGCAAGAACUACACGGUCAAGCACGUGGGUUGGACCGGCGCGUCCCCUCCGGACCCCGCCGAGCACAAGACUCAGAGCGGCGUGAAGGUUCUGGAGAUGGACCUGGACCAGAUGGGAAGCCCUCGCAUGUGCAGCGGCUUCUUCCCUGGCUGGCAAAGCUGGAACCACGUGGACUUCGCCGUGCCCUACUGGUGAGCGGGCGGGACCGGACCUCGUCGCCGACGGACGUUACGUCCUUCAUAUUGAAGGGAAGCGAGCGAACGCUGGCGCUGACGGACGCACGGCAGAUUCUUUUGGACCUCGGACAUGCUGGCGACGGCACCUUAUCGCUUCACACGCUUCGGGUAUUUCUGCAGCCGUUCCCGUGCCUUUGUGAUUUGCACAAACUGUGUGUGUGUGUGUGUGUGUGUGUGAGAGAGAGAGGCUGCCAAUCCAUUUUUAUUUUCAUUUGGCAAAGGAAGUUGUGUUGUUUGGAAUAAAGUUUAUA